CGGGGAGCCGCCGCCCGGCUCCGCGCCGCCCCGCGCCCUUUCCCAGCCCCCGCCGGCGAAGCCAGCUCGGCGGCAGCGGCCCAGCGUGAGCACCUCCCUUCCUUCCCCCCGAGCGCUGGGUGUUGCUGUUGUUUUGCUGCCGCCGCAGGUCGGCCGGGGUGGACGCGCAGGGAGGGAAGCAGGGAGGGGUGCGCCCCGCCGCAGGGCCGCUGCCAGGUGCACGCCUCUGCCUGAAACACGGGCGGGGAGGAGGAGCUGGACGGGCAGGUUUGUCGGUGGGGCGGCCCCGCUCCCCUCCCCUCUCCUCCCCGGGCUGCUGGGGAUAAUUAGUGUCUGUGCGAGGCUGUCUGCCCCCGGGAGGCAGGGCGGGCGCGCAGUCAGUGCGUGCCCGGCUGUUUGUGAGCGGUGACUCGCCCCGGCCCCUCGGCGGAGCCUCCACCCCGCGGGCGGGGACCCGCCCGGCCGCGCUCCCUGCCGUGACCCUCCCACCGCCACUCACCCCGCCGGCCCGGGGAGCCUGGCAGGGCGAGCGGCGCCGGCGUCAUGUGACAGCGCGGCCCGGUGCCAGGAGCCCGGGGGGAAGGCGAGCGGGCGGAGGGCGGGAGCGGGCAGCUCCUCCUCGCACACAGACCCGGAGACACCGCCGAGGCGCCUUAGCCGCGGGGACGCGGGACACGCCGGCCUCGCACCUCGCUCCCACCGGAGCGCCCCCGCUCCCUACCGCGCUGCGGGAGCCGACGGAAAAUCGCGGCGCGCUCCGCACCGCCUGCCCAGCGCAAACAGUGAGAAAUUGAGAGGAGAUCGAGAAAAACAUAAGUGUUUCUGUUACUUUGAAUCUGACAGAAGAAGAGCUGAAGGACCCAAGCCAAAGCUCACUGAAAUCAAGAGAAAAACUUGCAUUUAUUUCAGUGUGCCCUAGAUGAAAAUAAAUCCAGGUAAAAAGAAGUAUCUGGCUACACAGUUUUGCAGGACAGAACCUCAGAGGCAUCAGAACAGGUGAAUAAAAAAGAUGCUAAUGUUUGACCCCGUCCCUAUCAAGCAAGAAGCCAUGGAGCCUGUUUCAGUGUCAUACCCAUCCAAUUACAUGGACCAAAUGAAGCCAAACAAAUACAGCGUCAUUUAUUCUACACCAAGUAUGUUGCACAAUAAAUUCUACUCCAGCCCUGAAGGACUAUCAAAUGGAAUCCAGAUGGAGCCAGUAGACCUUACGGUAAAUAAACGGAGCUCGCCGCCUUCAACUGCAAGUUCUCCUUCCCCACUAAAAUUUCAGACUGUGCACAGGAGAAGUUCACCUGGAUUGACUCUGUCCUCACCCAGCUCACCUCUCAGUAAAUUCACACCGUCACCCCCAGGAGUACAGCCUCUUUCCAUGCCAAUAACAAUCCCGCCUGUCAUGGCCGCUGCUCUUUCACGCCAUGGACUGAGAAGCCCUGGGAUACUCCCGGUUAUACAGCCUGUUGUGGUCCAACCAGUUCCUUUCAUGUAUGCUCCCCAUCUCCAGCAGCCCAUCAUGGUGUCCACAGUUCUCGCAGAUGAGAUGGAAACUCCAAGUAGCAUGCAAGUGCCUGUCAUUGAGUCUUAUGAGAAGCCCACACUGAAGAAAACAAUCAAAGUAGAGCCAGGAAGUGAACCAUCAAAGACUGACUUCUAUCCUGAACAAAUGUCACCUCCAAUGAUGACCUCGUUGUCUCCUCAGCAAGUGAUGUUGCAAGAGAAUCACCCUUCAGUUAUAGUUCAGCCAGGAAAGAGACCUUUACCUGUGGAAUCUCCAGACACACAGCGAAAACGCAGAAUACACCGAUGUGAUUAUGAAGGCUGCAACAAAGUCUACACUAAAAGCUCCCACCUGAAGGCUCACCGAAGAACCCACACAGGAGAAAAACCAUACAAAUGCACUUGGGAGGGGUGCACGUGGAAGUUUGCUCGUUCUGAUGAACUGACGCGGCAUUUCCGCAAGCACACGGGAAUCAAACCCUUCCAGUGUCCAGACUGUGACCGCAGCUUUUCACGCUCGGACCAUCUUGCUCUUCACAGGAAACGCCACAUGCUAGUCUGAAUGUCUUCUGUCCCUGACUCCUGCCACACUUUUUUGUUUUUUACACAUGCAUUUUAAUUUGGAUUCAGCUGGUCUGGAUCUCUGAGUUUAUACCAUUAAAAGCUUACGUAUGGUCAGUAACAGAUGUUCUCUAACCCUUCUAUGUCCUUGCCACGGGUCAGACCUAAAGAAUGUGAACACUUCUUUUUUCCUUCUGGGGAUGCUAAGCAAACCCUUUCUGCAUUCAGUAUGUUUAUUGUAUUUCAUUUGUGAAUAAGGGAAUUUUUAAACUAACAGCUUUUGUUGGUUUCUUCAUAUAAUCAACCCAGCGUAUACUGAUAAAAUAGUAAAUGUUACUGAAUAUCCAAAAUGCUAGUCCUUGCCAGAGACUAUUAUUUAUGUGCCCUGUAAGGGAUUUUAUGCUCAACAAUGCAAUGAAUGGACUCUCCCAGCUGUGUUGAUUUCUGCAAUAUGGAUCAUACAACAGUUUUAGAAAGACACCUGAUUUAGAAAUCCUCUCUGCCCAAACAGUGAGUAAUACUGAGGAAAUAAAUCUAAACAGUGUAAUUACUUUACAGAAAGAUUGAGUCAUAGUAUCAUUUACCCCAGUCAAGAAGAAAAAUGGGCAGGAAUUGGUCCAUACAUAAUACUGUGCAUCUAAGCCAAUAUCAUCUGUCAUCUGUAUUACAGUGUAGUAUACAUCCUUGUUUUUGUUGCAUAAUGCCCCAGUGGAUUUGUUAAAGGAAGACUUUGUGUGACUCUGUAUGUCUCUGUAUGUCUGGUUUCUGUGCAAGUGUAUGGAUGGAACGGCUUGAAGCUGAGUCAGGGGUUUACCAUCAGGAAGUUCUUCCCCCAGAGGGUGGUUGGGCACUGGAACAGGCUUCCCAGGGAAGUGGUCACAGCACCAAGCCUGUCUUGAGUUAAGCAUCUGGAUAAUGCUCUCAGGCACAUGGUGUGACUUUUGGGGUGUCCUGUGCAGGGCCAGGAGUUGAACUCGAUGAUCUUGAUGGGUCCCUUCCAACUCAGCAUAUUCCAUGAUUCUGUGAUUCUAUGGUACUCUCCUGCAAUUUGGCAUUAAAUGGCUCAUAGAAACCUACUGCACCUCAUUUCAGGGAUAUAGAUUAUCCCCCCUGCAAUCAUGCCCCCGCAUUUCAUCUAAAUAUUUUCUCUUUGUUGUACUUCAGAAAAUAGCAAUCAUUAAGUCAAAAAUGCUCUGAACUGUAUUGUUGUGAGUACCACUCACAACAGUAUACACUACAGUAUUUAAAAUUAUUGAUCCACAAUAUUUUUAUGAGAAGAUGGCAUCAGAUAUGAAGUACUUCUGAUGAUAAAUUGAGUCAUGUAUCUGUUUUGGAUAAAAGCGUAUACCAAAUCGUCCAGUUCCUAACUCUGGUUUGUGACUCUGGCAGUCUCGAUGGUAGGUACAGCUGCUUCCCUGUGGACAUGUCUACUGCAUUAAAAUCAUGCCCAUUAGCAAACAGAACUGUAGCUAAAAGAAACUGAAUUCAAGCAACCUGCAGUUGUCCCUAGAAAUGUUCCUGUCUGGGAGCCCUCUGAAAGGAGGGUUUCUGUCGGUAUUAGCUGGCAGAGUUUGUGGCACUGCGAGGAAACAGGAUGUAUUCUCUGCACUCACACACAAGAGCGUUUCCUUUCCUUGCCCUCUGUAAGGUAACCGCCAUUCCCUAUACGUUAAACAUACUGAAGCAGGCUUUUCCUUUCUUAUGGAAAAACCCAGUGAACAAUGGAGGUGUGAGGGGAGGAGGAGUUUCAUAGAACUCUGCAGGAGACAGGUGGAGUGUCCAUCUGCAGGUGGGUAUAUUUGAGCUUGUGGAGCAGGUAGCCUGUGCUUCUAUAACCAGUGGAGCCCAAUGCCAAACAAUCUUGGAGAUACAAGAGUGUGAGUGCAAAGAGCCUUUAUUUGGUGAUAGGACUUUACCAGCUGCUUUGCUGACAUCCACAUGCCUGUGGAAUUAGAGAAGGAGAGGUCUGUACUUCCUGUAGAAAGAUGCUCUGACAGCAAUUGCUCUGUUCCAGCUCCAUACAUCCUCACCACCUUGGUAGGGCUGCACCUUGUGUCUUGUAACUCUCCCUCAUCUGCUCACCUGUGGUGCUGAAACACCUGGCACAUGAAUAGUUCUUUUUACUUUCUUGGUAGGCCAGAUUGUUAGUGACAUUGAGAAACUUGUAGGAAAGAGACUGAUACUAAUGAGCAGCUGUUCCAGAAUGUGGACUUUCUAUUUUAUAUUUUUUUGGUCAGUGGUAGCAGAAUUUGCAUUAGGUUUUAAUUUUGUAAAUCCAGGUGUGUCACUGGUUGAGAGGCUGUGUGGAGGAAGUCCUGUGGCAACAGUCACAAGUCUACAGACAUUUAGUACCCUGCAAUGAAAACAAUUCUCUGUUCUGUUGAUGAGGGAAAAAACAGAUACUAGAAAAUAAGCACCUUAAUGGCAACUGGUCCCAUUUUUACCUUAAAAAUGCAAAUUUAUAAAAUUCAGGAGGUUUAAGGAACAUUUCUUUCUAAUGCUCUGUUUCUCUUUUGAGGCCUAAAAUGUUGUCAUUAGUAUGUUUUUUGAUAUUUUUUAAAUCAGAACCCUAAAAGCAGAACUUCUUUGUAACUAAGAGUUACUUCAGAUAAUUUAGGCUAGGUUAUUUGUGAUGUUAAUUCAUUAGCUUAUGUACCUUUUUCCUGAAAGUAUGCUAAUGAUGGGGUCCAAUACAGUGGAGAUUGAGCAGAACUUUCAAAUUUCAUCCAUGUGUCUUGCAAAUUAGGACAACAGAAAUUUAAAUAUUAAAUAUAAAUAUUAGAGAUUAUUACAUGAUAAUGCCUUCCUUGUAGGAUUUUUCAGUUGUGCCUGUGGUGUCUUUGUGGGAUGUCUAAAAGGUCACAAACAAAUACACUUCUAGCUGAGUGUGAAUUUACAUCUUAACCAGCUCAUUGGUUCAUUUUAGCAAACUUUGAUUUGAGGGAUACCUUGCAAUUUUAAAAUAUACUCAAUUAAACUGAGUAUAUUUUAAAAUUUUGCAAAGCCAGUUAUUCCAUCUAUGGCCUAAAGAAAAGCUAGUUUAGAUAGAAAAUCCUAAUCCUGGAGAAUAAGUAUAUUUAAACCCCUUCCACCUUUCUCUGUAACAGUAUUGCACUGUGCCAUGUGUAACAGGUAAUACUGUUUUACUAAAAUGUGCCUGUUUAAGCUAUUUGAUUAUAAUAAAUUACUAGUUUUUAAUUGUGUGGGGUUUAUUUAAAUAUACACGUGGCAUUCUGCAGUGAUACUUCUAAUGCCACAUCUUGUUCAAAUAUGCUGUCUCUGCCAAAGUUAGCAACAUGAUAAAUACAAAUCCUUCCUAAAAUAAUUUACAAAGCAUUUUACAUCUCUUAAGAGGGCUAGACCGUUUUUCAUUAUAUUUUACAGAUAUUAGCACCUAAUGUACUUUAGAGGGUCAAAAUAAUCUUUUUGCUUAGCAUCUCUCACCUGCAAAUAUAGCAAGGAUUUUUAUUUACUUUGAUACAUCUAUAAACUAUGCAGAAUUUUUUAAAUAAAAUGUAAUAUAUUUUAUAAGCUAAUAAGACAGAAUGGCUAAUUAAAGGUUUCUAGCGUGCAUUACUAUAACUUGCAAAUAUGGAGACAUUUUGGUAAUCUUUUCUUACUAAAGAUGUGAAUGUUUAAUGUACUUUCACUGUUUCUACUUUGGUAGUCCAAUGGGAAUUCAGUAAUGACAUUUUGUCAUGUCAAACUGUGAACAUAAAUUUGUACUGUACAGUCGUCAUACUAUAUUUAGUAUAUUUAGUAUAUUUAGUAUACAGUGCAUAUGUAUUACACUUGUUAAUAAAACACUCAGAAUGUU